AUGUCUUCACUACCUCACCCCUACUACCCCCUUGACGCUAAAGUUGUGGGUUAUGAGCCCAACCAGACUCCAGUGUUAGAGCUUCUGGUCUCCGCAGGCGGAGCAUGUACAGUUCUCCUUGGUGUGACCUUUGCAUUAACUGGCUAUGUGCGACCGACACUGCGCAUGGCGGAUCGAAUCGCCAUCAUGUGGUUUGUACUCUCUGGAACUCUGCACUGCUUCUUCGAGGGUUAUUUCAUGGUUCACCAUGACCACAUGGCUUCUGCCCAAGAUCUUUUUGGGCAGCUAUGGAAAGAAUAUGCUCUAUCUGACUCCCGGUACAUGACUUCAGACACAUUGGUGUUGUGUAUGGAGACAAUCACCGUGCUCCUAUGGGGACCAUUGUGCUUUGUUGUUGCAUACUUGACCGCAACCAGGCACUCCCUGCGCCACCCAAUCCAGGUCAUUGUGUGCAUGAGCCAUCUGUACGGCGACACGCUGUACUAUGCGACCAGUCUGUUUGACGACUAUGUCCACGGACGACCAUAUUCCCGACCGGAGCCGUAUUAUUUCUGGCUGUAUUACUUUUUGAUGAACUUCAUUUGGAUUGUUGUUCCGGCCUAUUAUCUCUACGCCAGUAUCUCCACCAUCUCAGCCGCACUUGAACGUCAACAGGGAAAAGAAAAGACGAAGUAG